AUGCCUGGCACGUUGAGUGCCGGGGGCUGGCAGGGACUGCCCGGGGGGCUGCCCCACGUGAGGAAACUGCUGCUCGGUGGCCGGGUUGCUCCCCUGUCAAACGGACCCGCGGAAGCGGAGCAGCCCAACUCUCCCAUCCGGCAAAGCGUUAGCGUCCAGCUGAUCCAGAACGGCAGGAGAGUAGCGGCCCUCGCUCCCAACGGCGGUUGCCUGAACUUCAUCGAGGAAAAUGACAAGUUCUGCUUGCUGGUUUUGGUUGGAAGGGUCACCCUGCUGGCGACAUCCAUGGAAUUCAAGGCUGUCAAAGUAGCCAAUGUUUCCCCAUUGACCUUGUACAAGGGGAGAGUGGACCGCUUCAAUGAGGCAGGCUUUUACUCCGGUGUAGACCCACUGGAAGACUUGGGGGCAACGCAGUUUUUCUGGUCAGAAGCACGAAAUCCUGGCUCAGCUACCAUCAGAGCUCCCUGCUACCUCCCUCGCCCACCCCGCGGCACACUCCGCUUUUGCUCGCCUGGCCAGCGGCCUGGCAGGCGCCUGCCGCGUACGUCCCCCGAGGAGCCAGGGGAGCCGAGGGGCUCGCGCCGCCGCCAUUACCCACUCGGGAGCGACGCGGCCGGGCCCGGCUGCGCCCCCUCCCCACGUAAGGCGGGGGUGGCCGCACGCCCCUGGGCCCCCCCCGCGGGGCCCGGGGAGGGGUGUACGGCGGCGGGAGCGGGCCCCCCCCUCCUCCCUCUCCGGCUCUGUUCCGCAGGGAAGUGCCGAGGCCUCCGCACCGCCCGGAAGCUCCGCAGCCAUCGCCGCGACCAGAAGUGGCACGACAAGCAGUACAAGAAGGCCCACCUGGGCACGGCGCUGAAGGCCAACCCCUUCGGCGGCGCCUCGCACGCCAAGGGGAUCGUCCUGGAGAAAGUUGGCGUAGAAGCUAAACAGCCCAACUCUGCCAUCAGGAAGUGUGUUAGAGUCCAGCUGAUCAAGAAUGGCAAAAAAAUAACAGCUUUUGUUCCCAACGACGGUUGCCUGAACUUCAUUGAGGAAAACGACGAAGUUCUGGUUGCUGGUUUUGGUCGGAAGGGUCACGCUGUUGGUGACAUUCCUGGAGUUCGCUUCAAGGUUGUCAAAGUAGCCAAUGUUUCUCUUUUGGCCUUGUACAAGGGCAAGAAGGAGAGACCAAGAUCAUAAAUUUAGACCAAUUUGCCAAGAAUAUCAAUAAAAUUUUUGAUUGGAAAAA